AUUAGAUACUAGAACAUAAUAUUAGUAUCUUAUUUUUGAUUGUUCAAAUGUUUUUAACAAUUUGGAUACAUUUAUAUUCAAUUUAAGUUAUUAAAAUUUAAAAAUAAUAUAAUAAUAUAAUAUGGCAAGCCAACAACGUAUAAUUCUGGUAGGAAUUGGGGCAUCAAUUGGUGUCGUAGCUAUCGGUCUAGUAUUGUGGGUAAAACAUCGUCGUAACAAGUUACCAACAAAAUGGAAAAAAGUUGGUGAAAUUAGCGAUUUAGUGUGUUUUCCAGUAAAAUCGAUGGGCCCAAUUCGUGAAACCGAAAUGGAAGCUACUAAUUUAGGAUUAAAGAAAGGAAAUUUAAGAGAUAGAGUAUUUAUGGUUGUUAAUUUAAAAGGAGAAUUUUUAACAGCCCGCCAAUAUCCAAAAAUGGUUUUAAUUGAACCAGAAAUUAUUGGUAAUACCUUAACUUUGAAAGGUCCUGAUAUGAAUGAUACUGUUGUUAUUGAUUUAGAACGAAUUCUUAAGCAAGUUAUUCAACAUUCCAUGAUUUGGGGUGAUCGAGUUAGAGUUAUUGACUGUGGUGACGAAGCUGCACGUUGGAUUUCUAGAUUUCUUAGCAGUGACGAUCUUGGUUUUCGAUUAUUAUAUUAUCCCAAUGAAGAACCUCGCGUAAGACAUACAAAAAAGAGCUAUUUUCCAAAAAUAUUGGAAAAGGAUUCUGGUGCCCUGUUCGAUGAAACUAGUUACAUGUUGAUGACUGAAAGUUCGGUUGCUGAUUUAAAUGAUCGUACAAAACUACAUACUCCAAUUCAACAAUUUCGACCAAAUUUUGUUGUUAAAGGCACACAACCAUUUGAAGAAGAUGAUUGGGAUUAUAUUAAAAUUGGUUCGGAUGCAAUUUUCCGUAAUGUUCGCCCGUGUCUUAGAUGUGUAUUAACAACAGUUAAUCCAGAAACCGGUAUCAAGGAUAGUGAUUCCGAACCAUUAAAAACACUUCGAACCUACAGACAAGUAAAAGAUCCAGUGGUGCAAAAAGGCGAGAGAUAUGCUCCACAUUUAGGAAUACAUCUGGGCUUACGUGCAAAAGGAAUAGUAAAAUUAGGCGAUCCUGUUUACAUUAACGUUAACUAAUUAUAUUAGCAUUCUUUUUGUUAAGUCAUUUUUAAUAAUAUUACUUUUAUCCAAACAAUGCUUGGCAAUAUGCAAUAUUUGUUGUAAAAAUUUAUUUAAAUAAAGAUUAUUGGUAAAAUUA